UAAGACUACAGUCUGAUUAGAAGCGAUAGAAGCUACUCCCUGAUCCCAAGCUCUGUAACCAGCAGUGGGCAUCAUUUCUAUAAGACUACAGUCUGAUUAGAAGCGAUAGAAGCUACUCCCUGAUCCCAGGCUCUGUAACCAGCAGUGGGCAUCAUUUCUAUAAGACUACAGUCUGAUUAGAAGCGAUAGAAGCUACUCCCUGAUCCCAGGCUCUGUAACCAGCAGUGUGCAUCAUUUCUAUAAGACUACAGUCUGAUUAGAAGCGAUCGAAGCUACUCCCUGAUCCCAGGCUCUGUAACCAGCAGUGUGCAUCAUUUCUAUAAGACUACAGUCUGAUUAGAAGCGAUAGAAGCUACUCCCUGAUCCCAAGCUCUGUAACCAGCAGUGGGCAUCAUUUCUAUAAGACUACAGUCUGAUUAGAAGCGAUCGAAGCUACUCCCUGAUCCCAGGCUCUGUAACCAGCAGUGGGCAUCAUUUCUAGAACACCUAACCUGAUGCUGGCCAUUGCUUUGCACUAUCACCAAGCAAGACUGGAAGAAUAAGUGCGAAGAUGGCGGGUAAAAGUGCUCUUUCCCGUAUUUUCUGCUGUUGCUGUGAGGAUGAAGAAGAGGCAGAAGAAAAGAGUCGUAUUCUCAGUGAAACUCUGUUGUAUUUUGAUCGAGAGACGAAACGCAGAAGAGCAGAAGAGACAAAUUUGUGGAGUGAACCUCAUGAUGCAUCUCACAUGGAGAGGGAUGAUGACAGAGAACUAUACAACCUUCUACACAGACGAGCCAAAACCCGGCGAGGGUCAGAGGGUUACCGGAGGUUGAGCUUUGAUAUACAUGCUAUGCGUCAGGUGAGGAGAAAUGUGAAGGAGCGAUGGAAGAUGGUCCUUGAGCAGUUAGGUUUCCAGAAUGAAGCUGAUUCCCUGCUGACAGUAACGUCAAACAUGCCGUACAAUAGCCUUAAAUUUGCUGUGGAGGCGAGAGAGCUGUUGAAAACCUUAGCACAACAAACAGAUAUAUUUGAUGACAAUGCCCCUCCUCCAGAGAGAUACCUCUUUGUCCUGGAUCGACUCCUCAUCCUUGACACAGCAUAUGAUUUUGUGUCAAAGGCCAAAAGAUACUACCCAAAGGAUGCCAGUAAACAGUCUGAGAAGGAGACAGAGGAAACAGAAGUACCAACUGCUGUCCUGGUGAAUCACAAUGAAACACUUAACAUGGAUGAAGGUGAAGAAGAGUGUGAUGCCUCUGCUGAAGUAGAUGAAGAGACAUUUAUGUCAAAAUCCUUAGAUUAGAGGAUUAUUUAACACAAACAAACUUUGUGCAGGGACUACAAGCAGGAAUCUUUCUCCAACAAAGACAAUCCAUCUUGACUUGUUUUAGUUGAACCAAGAGGCAUCGUAAUCAAAAAUGUAUUCCUUGAAUGAGAAGUCGAACAAGUAUAACAGUAAGGGUAGAGACAAGGACAAUCCAAAGUAAAUAACUUUCUAACCAUCUGAAUGUUCUGUGGGAAUCUACCUUCAUAAACUCUACUGCUAUGAUGAAGCUAACAGUUGUAAUAAAGACAAAUUAUAACACUGAAGUGAUGCACAAUCUGAUUUCAAUUUUUAAACUGUAUAGUGCUGACAAAAGAAAAUAACAGUGAAAGACAUUAAAUACCAUGUAGCAGUCAAGACUUCAGGUCAGCAUGUCUAGUAUGUGACUAUGAUAGGUUAGCAUAAGAAUUACCUUUUACUAGAAAACAAAAUGAGUAUUAUACCAACGUUCUCAUUCACAGGACUGCUAGCAUACUUUACCAUAACUUUAAAAUUCUCUAUGAGUCGUACACUGCAAUAACAAGAACUAAUCCUGAAUUUUUUAUGUAAGAUGCAAUAAAAUCAGUAUAAUAAUGUAGAUGUACUGGUAACAUGAUAUAUUUGAAUACACUGUUUCCAUGGGGGAUAGGCUCUCAUUUCUUAGUCAUCACUUUUUGCAAUUCCAAGUUGAGGAUUACCUCAGAUGAUAUUUCAACAAUCCCCUGAAGUAGUUAGGGCCCUGAAAUCAAUUACAGCAUCUGUUGAAAUAUGGCAUGUAUAACAAAAUAACAGGCUGCAUGAAAAAGUCACUAUCCUCAGAGGGGCUAUCUCCCUUUUUUAUUCAUUUUUAAAUGGACAAACCCAGCAGACACAAGUGCUUUUUGCUUCUGGUUAAGUGACUUUCUCAGACAGUGCAGAUUGAGGAUCUCAAACUCAUGAUUAUAAGGUGACAUUCAUUAAUCGCUACUAAUCUUAAUUCUGUACCCUAACUCUCAUUCAUUACCUGCUUAGAAACCAAAAGUAACAAAACCACUUUUCUACAUGCAUCACAAUUACAAAUAUCAACAUAAUUUUCCUGAAGAGGACACAUACAUCUCAACUGUCCAGAUUUUUGCCUCAUAUUUUUGGUCUGCUCCUCAUAAAAUUUGUGAUUUUCUAGCAAAUCAAAGGGAUAAUCUAAGGACUAAAAUCACUAAAUAAUGAUAUACAUUUGUGAUUCAGACUUCAUAUGCUUCAGAAAAGGCAUGCUAA